AUGGCGAUACAGGGGGAAGCGGAGAUGCGGAAGGGCAUCAACGGAACGGAGACAGACUCUGAGACAGAUUCUGCUGAAACAGUAAAGGAGAAGGUCUGGAAGGGGAAGGAGAGGGCGGUAGAGCAGGACUCGGAAGGUUCAUGUUCUAGUUGCCUGGAGGCGCAGGGGAAGAUAGAGGAGCAAGAAGGCGAUGUCCUAAAAGAGUGCAAGAGAGGGCAGAAUGACGAAGACGAUGAUGAAGUGUCGCAGACAGGCUCAGACGAAGAUCCUGAAUGGGAAUGCCUAAGCAAUCGCCAAUACCAAGCCAUUGGUGUGCGUCAAGAUGGGUAG